UCUCGAAUAUGGCUGUGUCCCUACAGCAGCCUUCAUGUCCCUUCCUCUCCGUGCAGGUCGCCUGGAGAAUAUCUACGUCUGCUCUUACACGCCGACACUUUCGGCUCUGAUCAGAGCUCGACAGACGAUGAAGAACCAAAUAGCCCCCUCCUUCGUGGCGAUUGGACACAGCAAAUCCGAACAUGGUGUCGGGCCCAGUGCUCGAGGACCAACGGCCACCAUUUUGCAUAGCAACGAAGCCACUAAAUCAGGCGUACUUGAAGCUUUGCGACACAACACCUGGGUGCAUCCUCGCUUGCCAUUAGAUAAACCAAUCACGCUGCUUGAUAUCAUGGAGAACAAUACUCCCCAAGCUGAAUUCGCAUUCUUAUCUUCGUGCGACACCGCCCUGGUCUACUUUUUUCCGGGUUCAAGAGCUGUCAUCGGCACUCUGUCGGUGGUCGAUGAUGACACUUUCUACAGAGAUAUGUUCACGGACGGUGUCAUGGAUUGUACGAGGGCCGCCUCGGCACUCAACAAGGCCACUCGUGCUGUUAAGCAGCGAA